AUGACAAAGCCCUCGUCUCCUCUGCUUACGUCGCUCAACUUAGCUGCAUCCACCUUGCCUGAAGGCAAAAGGAAUCUCAGGCUAAAAGAGUCGCAGUUUAUCUCAAAGAAUGGUCAUCGCCAUCAUUCUUACGACAACGAGAAAGCCCCGUAUCCUCUAUCUUACGAUAGCCAUGUAUUGGAAAUAGAAUCGCUCGACAAUCGCCUCGCAUAUUACCUUCGGGGGUCUGUUUCCUUUGUCAAUUUCACUGAAUUACCAAGGCGCGCCUUGGACCUUGGAUGUGGAACUGGUACAUGGGUCAUUGAAGCAGCGAAGGAGUGGCCUCAAUGCAAUUUUGUCGGCUUUGAUCUCGUAAAAAUUCAACUACCGGUGCUGGAACCAGAGUUAGCAUCGCGAAUACAAUGGCAACAUGGCAACUUCUUGACAACCAAGCUGCCCUUUGAGGAUGAUGAAUUCGACCAUGUGCAUAUUCAAUCCAUUGCCAAGGGUGUUCCAGAAAAUAAGUGGGGUACUCUCUUCGAAGAGGUCAACAGGGUUUUGCGACCUGAAGGCUCGGUGGAGAUAAUUGAGGAUGAUGUUUUAUUUCCCUCACUGCCUCGGUGGUUUACUUCUGCGCUGCGGGCUCGCCCACGUCGAACAUCGUCCAUUCACCAUCCUGAUGGAACUAAGCAUGGGUACUUUUCCCCGCCCAGAUCAGACGAUACUAUGCCCAGCCACGACCAUGCUCUCCUCGAGUCUCUCAACAGAUCUGUUUUCGAACAUCGCUUUAUCAACAUGACCCCGACUGCUAUUUUGCCAAGUUAUUUUACCACCUACUUUAGACAAGUCACGCUGGGACCCGUGCUUAAUUUCCCCAUGCCACCACUUCCUCCCUUGCGACCCUUAUCGCCUCAGCUGGUAACUGCAUACGCUAUCUCAAGCCUGGAUGCACUUGAUACUCACUCAUGGAGCAAUUCUCCCUCUUCCUCUCCUCCGCACAGCAAGAGGCCAGCUUCGCUUUCAUUUUCUUCAUCAAUCUCGACGACGACAAACUCGACGACGGCGUCGUCCAAUGGCCCAUUACUAUUGAGCAACCGCCCUCGUACUGCCUCUGCUUCCUGGGAGAGUUCAUUAUCCCCAAUAGUGAGCAAGACGUCCCCAAGUAGCCCACCUAAAGCUCCGCUAAAUUCACAUGUGGAACGAUUUGUGCUGGACCGCUCGUCCGAUGGAUAUGAUUACAUCGCGUCAUCGCAGCCACUUUUUGCCAUAGACCGUCUCAUGACAUUGAGUGAACGGUCACUUGCGAUGCAUCUGUACCGCUCGUAUCAAUCUGUUCUAGCAUGUCAAGAGGCCAUGUGGGAGGAACUGAUGGAUCGGGUGUGGAAUCGGAAGGAGGAGUUGGUGCCUUUUGGAUGGGACGAUGACGAAGAGUUGGAAGAACUCCAGAGUAGGAAGAAGUUUGAAAAAUUGAUGGAACGGUUUCAAUCCGAUAUGCAAGCGCGUCUGUCAUUAUGGUGCUCUUUGACUGACAUAGGCUGGCUGUUGCCUACUAGAGAACCACUCUCCAAAGCAGAAGUGAUUGAAGAGGAGCGGAUACGGGAGAGCAUGUUGGAGGCUCGUCAGUUUGCGUCUGAAGAGGAUUUGCAGACUGCCUGUCGUUCUUUGCGGGUGCUCGUUGGGUAUAAGCUGUGA